AUGGUGAACUACAAGGAGGACACCAACAAGGGGACGAUCAAGGCCAAGGACAUGGUGACGAUCAUGGCAGAGGGCAAGAACCAAACCCAUUCUGGAGUGAAGAGGUGUUGCGACAAGGGGGACUUCAAGGAGUUCGAGUGGUGGGGUCCUAGGGGAUUCCAGGCUGCAGUCACUACUGGAGGCCGACCUGGCAGAAGGUGGAACUGGUGCGCGGCAAGGGGCCCAGCACACUACUUGGGGGACUCCAAGACCGCGCUGGACGAGAACGGGGUCUUGGACAAGUUCCAUGCUCUAAGGCGGAACAACUCGAUGGACUUCGAGCCCGCGAUGAACGAGAACCGAGUCUUGGACAAGUUCAAGGUUCUAAGGCGGAUCACCUUGAUGGACUUCGAGGCCGCGAUAGGCCUUACCCAUGCAGAGCAGAACACGGUCGACAAUGACACAGUUUUGUGGCUUCGAAUGCUCAAGCUGGUGAAGUUGCCCAAGGACAACAAUAGCAGAGCAACAGUGAUGGCUGAACGGCCACAAGAUCCGCUGGACUACAGGGCCGAUGAUGAGGUGGAUCAGGGAAGCUUGGGGCAUCCCACAACUAAGCUGACCACUUUGCUGACCGACAUCGAAGAAAUCAAAGGGGUCGAUGGAUGGAAGAUGCAAGGCCAACCUGAAAAGUGGCCGCAAGAAUUUGAAAAGAGGAUCCAGUUCUCCGAGGAACUUGCUACCUGGGUGACGGGACUCAAGGAACUUCUCAGAAUGGCAAUUCAGAGGUUGUCACAAGAGGAGACGAUGGUGCAGGCCCUGGCCCUCAAGGAGCAGAAGGAGAUUAUGGAGUGGAAGGAACAUUUCCGUGCCGAUCGACUACCUUUUUGCCAGGGCUGUGAAGUAUGCCUUCGUGCUGCAGGAAAGGACCAGGAGUUGAACGGACCAAGUCAAGGUAUUGUCUUGUGGCGACAUACACGGUGCAGAUCGACAAACAUGGAGCUCCUCUACCGCAAGGACUGGCGGGACUGCACCUGCCACACCAACAAGGACAAGACGUGGAGGAUGACUUCAUGCACGAGGACCCAGAAGUGUUGCCUCAAUCAAGAUGCAGUACUUGACCCACUUCCUGAGGAAGAGGAAGAGCCGCAACAGGAGCUGCCCGAGGCCGAGAUCAAACAACAAGAAGCGCGUGAACGGCGAUGGAAAGAUUUCGUGCAGGACAGAAAGUCUCAGAAUGCCAAGAACCUGACGUUCACGGUGCCUCCCAAGUCACGUCACAAUGAUGACCUGCUCCAAGCGGUGGCCAAGCUCCAAGACCAAGGCAAUGCCAGAGUCGAGAGGGAGGUCAGAGAGUUGAAACAGAGGAUGAGGACGGUGCUAACGCCAUCGAGGGCCUUGGGUGUUGCAACACCAGAACUCUUGCCGUUUGGGAUGAAGGCAAUGGUCAAACAGAAGUUGUGGCAAAAACGAGAUGACACGCUGAAGUAUCCCAUGCAGAAGGUUUUUGCAGAUCAAUCAGCCCUACAAGCUGAACGUGGUGAUGCCCCACGGGGGAAGGAUGAAGAACCUGGAAACCAACUUCAAUUGGAUGACCCUGGAGAUGACGGAGACCGACCCGAAAAUCGACGACUGGACAAGGUCCACAACGACCUGAAGAGGUACAACAAGCUCAAGCAGCUGACAACCUUCAAGCUCAAGAUGCUGAAGUUCAAGGUGGUAUCUUUGACGAGAUUGAAGAACCUCCACAAGAACCUCGAAGGAUUGACAUCACCAAGAAAGGACUGUCGAUGUACCCGCACUUGGAGAUCAAUGCAGUGCUGGAAGAGGUUGACGAAGGAAGGCCUGUUUUGGGAAUUGAAGAACCAACACCACCUGAGCAAGCAAAGGGGUGGAGGCUGUAUGGUAAGGGUCCUGAAGUGCGAAGAAGCAAUUGAGCGGAUGAUAGUCAUCCUUGGAAUCGAGUAUGAGACAGUGUGCCCACGAGAAGUGGAAUUGGCUUUGAAUCUCAAGGAAGAGUUGAACGCCAUUGAGGAGAACCUGGUUCAGAUGGAGGAAGUCAACGACCUCAAGAUGAAGGCAGUGGAAGCCAUCAACGGGAACCAGUUCCAACAACUCCAAGGAGCAUGCUGGACAAGAGUUACCCUCAAAGAGACCAAGGAAAGGCAUGUGUGGGCAGUACGGCGAGUUCGUGCACCAGAGACUGAGGAGAGCCAUGGCUUUGCGGUGGUGUACGUGGACGACACGCUGCUCCUUGGGGAGACCGAACAGGUCAAAGCAGUGGCCGAUGCGGUGAAGUCACUGUGGGAAUGCUCCCCGUUGGAACUCCGGAAUGAGAAGAAGGAGUUGCGCUUUUGCGGCAUGGAGCUGAGAAGGUACAAAAAAGGGGUGUUUCUGAGUCAAACCGGCUAUCUGGUGGAGAUGCUGAAGCGCUAUGAGGUUCAAGGAGUGGAGGCCUACCCGUUGCCUAAGGUGGAGGAUCGGGAGGAUGAGGAGCCUGACCUCAAGGCGCUGAGGCGUGCCCAAACUCUAGUGGGUGAACUGUUGUGGACAAGCAAGAACAAGACCAGAUGUGUUGCUGGGCAAUGGACUGGAAAGACGUUGCUGUGGGACAGCGGCAGACAGGCCUGUGUCACACUAAGCAAAGCGGAGAGCGAGCUAGUUGGCUACUCGUCUGGGCAUCCAGCCAGCGAGGCGCUGGGUGCACUCAUCGAGACGGUCAACAGCGACCAGCCACUCCAGAAGCUCCUCUACGGUGACAACAAGGCAGCUCUUAACCGGACCUUGGAGAACAAGGCAUUUGCGCAUCAUAGCACAUGCGUUGAGAGAAGCAGUCAGGACGAGGACGGCGUGGAAAAGAAUGUCAAGGUGCCGGAAGAUGACCAGGUCAUUGACGAGAUCCACGUUCCAAAGAAUGCCAAGGCCUCUGCAGGGAAUGCAAUUCCAAAGAACCCCAACGUUCAGGACAAGAUUGAGGUUACAAUGAAUGACGUGGCAACCCACCCUUUGACUUUGACAAGACGGUCCAGAUCGCCGAGACCUACCUCGAUGGAGAAGUACCUCUUCGUGAACAAGCUGAAAGUCAGUUUGGUGGGGUCAAUGGUGAGAAAUGAUGAAGAUUGGAGAACGUUCCAAGCGCUGGGACUAUGUGGUGCACUGCUCCUACUGAGGGGCCGGGUGAAAUCAGGGCUGUUGCUGCUAAUAGCAGUUGCCCUUGCGUCAAAGAAAAAUCCUGAGUGGGAUCGCAAGAAGAAUCAAAAGCUGAAAGCAAACAAGAACAAGGUAAGAUGGAUGGAACAAGAGCCAUUGGCCAACAAGACCUCAAAAGAUUCCAAAAAGACCCAAAAGAAAGAAUGGAGCAAGCCCAAAGAAGGAUGGACGGGCUACACUUUGUUUCUUCAGCGAAUAGUUGAAGGACCUCAUCGACCUGAAAGCAAGAGUCAAAACAGUGCACUGCACCUCAGCCUGAGGCGACGCAGUUGGAUGAGGAUGCUGAUGAGAGUGAAGAUGAAAGUUUUGAGUUGGUGGAUGAUGAUGAGGGUUCUGGAGCUUUGCAAGUGCCACAUGACCGGCACGAAUCAGAACAUCAUGGUGGUGACCGCAGCUCUGGCCCGAGACUUCGAGCCCUGUCUCUCUUCCCAAACCGCGAUGGGUGCCAUGGGAUCGUUGUUAGCUUCGGCAUCGACACGACUGGCUGUGGAUGAGGAGGAGUUGGGGCAGAAGAAGAAGGUUUUGCAACGGGACCCACGACACAAGGCUGCCGACGGAGGAGAACGAGAUGGGCGGCCCGAGGCUGAUGAAGAACCCCCAGAAAGAAGAAGGAGAACUGACAGCGCAGGAGAACCUGAAGGUGAUGGACGAGGUCGUGAGAGGAGGUCCAUCAAGUUCUACAACAAGCCCUCCGACAAAGGCAAGACCUACAACAAGGACUAUGCAAACCACUUCGACAAGGGCUGCAAUGUCAUCGAGCGAUUUGGUGAGACAUCUGCCAUCAUCCCGGAGGAGAUGCCAUCGACCCCUCCAGCCACCACAAGUCCAGAUGCAGAUGGACAACGCAAUGAUGCGCCAGGGGUGGACUAUUCCCUGGAACUCACUAUGAGACUUCCGAGACCUACUGUGACUACGGAAGAGACGCUGCGAGAGCACUACGGCAAGUGUGGGAAUGGCAGCUGCUACGAGGACCACAGUGAUGAGGUCCUUCUAGUUCAGAUGGAGCUGGUGGCGAAGAAACCCCACGCUUCAAUGCUUUCGGUGUCGACAGAGAGGGCUGGUAA